UGCGCCAGGAUUGGAAACUUUUCUACAUGGGGAAGAAGCCGGGCAAUGCUGGCCCUUCCUCGGCAUCCAGGCCCAUGAACCAGGCCAUGUCGCUCCGCGAGGAGACCUCCGGGAAGGCGCAGGCCGACGUGCCAUCCCUGCUGAGGGUCCAGCACCUGCAGCGGCUGGCGGCAUGGGUGAGUGGGGAGGCAGGAGUUGGCUCGAUCGGGGCGCUGCUGGGCCACCGCCUCGCCACGAACGCCGAGGCGUCCGGGAUUCCCAUUGAAGCCUCCACCUUCCUUUGCCAGAGGUGUGAAUCAAUCUUACAGCCAGGUUUCAACUGUACAAUCCGCAUAAAGAACAACAAAAAGAAAUCAAAGCGGCGCAAGAAGUCAAAUCCUGGCCAAAACAGUGUUGUCUAUGCAUGUCAUUUCUGUGGAGACCAAAACCUGAUACGGGGCAGUGGAAAGGGUAUCGUGAAGGGCCUGUUAGCAUCAAGAAAGCCUGUUAGCACAAUGUUGAAAGGAGAAAAUAUGAACGUGCCAACAGUAACUACUAAAACUGGUAAACAAGGUAAUGGGCCAAAAUCUAAUCUUCCUGAAGAUUAUAAAAUGGAGAAAGGGGCAGUUUUCUCAAUGGUGGAUUGUGGUCAGUUAGCGGCUGCACACGAAGACAUCCUGCAGAAAAUCGAAGUAGAAAGCCCACAUGAUAAAUGUGUGAGUGGAAUUGAGCCUGCGGCUUCUAAAAAUACUACAACAUGUGAACCCGAUGUCACUUCUCAAGCAGAAUUUCUAGCUGGGUCAAACUUUGUUACUCCUCGGAAGAGCAAACUGGCGGAAGUGACUGUGCCUAUAGGUUCAGCAGAACCAUCGAAGACUAGAAGUACACUGAACAAUAAAGCGAAGAAUUGUGGUUCAGUUGCUGGCAAGACCCCUGGAAGUUAUAGCAAGUCAGCAUCGAAUAAAAAGUCUGCACCAGGUGAUUCUACUCAGCCAGCUGGCAGUUCGAGGAAGCGGGCAAGAAAAGGGUGGACUACACUGAAGCAGAUUGCUGAGAAGGACGAACUUGAGAGAAAAGAGAAGAUGGAUAACUUUGUAAUCCCGUUCUUCAUGCAGUAAAAUAUCUUUUACAGUUGGCACCUGUUGUAAACGUUCGGCUGGAAGAACUGUCACAUUUUUAGUGGUAUAUUUUAGUUUUGUACUUCUGCACCAAUCAUGUCGUCAGUAGUAUGAUAGAAAUAUAAAGUUACCAAGAAAUUCAAAAUUUAA